CAAAAUGGCAACACAAUUGUUGUCAAAAUAAUACUAAAACGGAAUGUUUAACAGGUGCAUCGUUCACUUUAUUCCCUAUGGGAGGAGCUCCUCACACACCUUUAUCUGCAUGGGGUGGGUGUGACCCGUAAGUCUGAGCGUUUAUUCACGUACGAUCAGUCGCCCUUUGCCUUAGCGUCGUAAGGACAGACAUGGGUAAGACAGGUGGAAGAGGAGACUUUGAAUGGGUCUACAAUGAUCAGCCACACACUUCAAGAAGAAGAGAAAUAUUGGCUAAAUACCCAGAGAUCAAGACCCUCAUGGGCCCAGACCCCCAGCUGAAGUGGGUGGUGUCGGCCAUGGUACUCACCCAGCUCUUGGCCUGCUACAUGGUCCACACCCUCUCCUGGAAGUGGAUCUUCUUCUGGGCCUACGCCUUUGGCGGCUGCAUCAACCACUCCCUGACCCUGGCCAUCCACGAUAUCUCCCACAACGUUGCCUUCGGCAACAAGCUGGCCAAGUGGAACCGCUGGUUCGCCAUGUGGGCCAACCUCCCCAUCGGGGUCCCCUACUCGGCCUCCUUCAAGAAGUACCAUAUCGACCACCAUCGCUACCUGGGAGGAGACAAGCUGGACGUGGACAUCCCCACAGACAUCGAGGGCUGGUUCUUCUGCACGCCAGCCAGGAAGGUCCUCUGGCUCUUCCUCCAGCCCUUGUUUUACGCCAUUAGGCCCUUGGUUGUGAACCCCAAGCCCCUGUCUCUGCUGGAGGUGCAGAACGCCGCGGUUCAGGUGGUGGUAGACCUCAUCAUCUAUCAGCUCUGGGGACUGAAGCCUGUGGUUUACCUCAUCGCGGGAUCCAUCCUCUGUAUGGGACUGCAUCCCAUCUCGGGACAUUUCAUAGCAGAGCACUACAUGUUCCUGAAGGGCCAUGAAACGUACUCCUAUUACGGAUCGCUAAACAUGAUCACGUUCAAUGUGGGGUAUCACAUGGAGCACCACGACUUCCCCAGCAUACCUGGGAGCAAACUACCUCAGGUGAAGCGGAUUGCGGCAGAGUACUAUGACAACUUGCCUCAGCACACUUCCUGGACCCGAGUACUAUGGGACUUUGUGUUUGACGACAGCAUCGGCCCCUACGCCCGGAUCAAACGGGAAUAUAAAAUAGUCAAACAGGGUUGAUUAGGCUGAUGGCACGUUUCGUUCUGACAUGAAUGUGAAACCAACGACGAAAGACUCUCUCCGUCCUCCCCUUCUGUCCGUUUAAAAAAUGGCCAUUGUUUAAACUGUUGUGAUAAUGUAAGUGUGUACACUUCAAUUGUAUGUAAAGUAUGAAGUGGAUGUAUGUACAUUUCUUUGAAAAAUGAAAAGUUUGCCCUAAAUGCUCUCUACUUUACUGCGAGCAGGCUCUGCAUAUAUAGCAACAUUUUCAUAUCCUAUAGAAGGAUCAACUUUUAGAAGGAGUUUGACUGAAUUGGAGAAGUUGUCAAGAAGAGAACGUUUAAUAUUGUGUUGUAUUAACUAUAGAUACAUGAUCUUUAUCAUCUUUAUAAUAUUAUAUAUUCCAUCAAAUGGUAUUGGUCUAUUUUUCUUAGGUCAAAGUCACUAACGUAUAUAGGUUUUAUGAUUGAUUCAUAACAUUAACAAAGAUAACAUUAUUGCUCUAGAGUCAAGUUCAGUUGGUUGCUAUGGGGACAGAAUCAAGACUGAGACGUCUCAUGACCCUGAGGGGUGGAUCUACACUACAUCACGCCUGGUGGGCAGAGAAGAAAAUGAGCAUUGAGAUGUACCUCGGUGUGAAACGGGAUGCAACUACAGUGUCGCUGCAUUCUGCUUUUGAUUAAACUGUUUCAAUGCCCUUAAUGUUAUCAGGAUUAACAUUACUAUUUAAAUAAAACAACAGAAACAGUCAUGGAUCAUUAUAAGUUAAUAAUUUAAGACUUUCUGUCCGUCAUAUUCUGCUACCAUUACAAUUUUUGUGAAAUUGCUAUUAAUCUACCACACAUUAAGAACAAGGUGAGGCCAGUCGUAGGGGAAAUAAACCACACAACUGAACAUGUUAAUAGUUGACAGGUAUAUUGUUUUUGUUUGAAUGAGUUCACUUCCAAGACUUUGAGGGGUAUUGGCGAGCAGAUAGAAUGAAACCACAACCCAUCAAUUCAAUUGACGACUCUCUUCAGACAGACAUUUAGCCAUUGUCACGUACCGCUACCCCUUCUGCACAUUUCAAGCCAUCACAUUUCUAUAUUGCCAGCACCACCUAUUACAUUUUAAACAGCUACCGUUGUUCAAGAUACUUCAUCUGUAUAGAGAAAGGGGCAUCCUCAGGAAACAAACCACAAUGGUAAGUGUACCACCGAGGACCGUUCUAUCUCCUCAAAUCCUUCUUUAAUAAACCCAAUGAAAAACAAAUUUAUAGUGAGGGGUUUCAUGCAUAUCUGGAAGGUUCACAAAGCAUAGGGUGACUAAUAGUUACAACUACAUUGUUUCAUAUCUAGGC